AUGUCCUGCCAGCAGAGCCAGCAACAGUGCCCACCUCCUCCUCCUAAGUGCAAGACGCCCAAGUGUCCCCCUGCUCCUUCCUGCUGUGGCUCCAGCUCAGGGGGCUGCUGCAGCUCUGGGGGUGGCAGCUGCUGUUCCAGCCACCACAAGCCCCGAUUUUCUCUCCGUCGCCGACGUCACAGCUCUGGAUGCUGUAGCAGCGGUGGCAGCAGCUGCUGUAGCAGUGGUGGCAGCAGCUGCUGUGGCAGUAGCUGUGGCAGCAGCUGUGGCAGCAGUGGUGGCAGCAGCGGUGGCAGCAGCGGUGGCAAAAGCUGCUGUGGCAGCAGCGGUGGCGGCGGUGGCAGUAGCUGCUGUAGCAGUAGCUGUGGUAGUAGUGGUGGUGGCAGCAGCGGUGGCGGCAGCAGCUGUGGCAGCAGCGGUGGCAGCAGUGGCGGCAGCAGCAGCUGCUGUGGCAGCAGUGGUGGCGGCGGCGGCAGCAGCGGUAGCAGCAGCCAGAAGUCUGGAGGCUCCUCGUGUUGUAGCCGCGGCUGCUGCGGAGGCGGUGGCUGUGGCAGCUGUGGCUGCGGCGGUGAUUCCGGCUGCUGCGGCUCCAGUUCCACGGGCUGCUGCUGCUUUCCCAGGAGGCGCCGCCGACAGCGCUCUAGCGGCUGCUGCUGCGGAGGAAGCCAAAGGUCCCAACGCUCCUGCAACAACCAGAGCUCAGGCUGCUGCGGUGGCUGCUGA